CGUCCGUUGCUAAAUAGCAACGGAAUUUUCCGUUGCUAUUCCGUUGCUGUGCCCUAAAAAAAAGGUGAAUGAACCGCGCCUCCUCCUUCAUUUUUUCAACACAACUUUCACUUCUAUUUCUCAAAAUUCCCAAAUUUCCCCCCUCCGAUUCCCCAUUUCCGGCGACUCCCGCUGCGUGCUCCCCUUCGGCGACUCGUCCACGCCGCCGUUUCCACCGCGCCCCUGCUCGCCCCGCCCUGCGCCGCUCCGCGCCCUGCGCUGCUGCCCGCCUCGCUCCGCCCCACGCCGCUCCGCGCCCUGCGCUGCUGCCCGCCCCGCGCCUCGCCGCUGGUCGCCCCGCCUCGCGCCGCUGCCGCCCUGCGCCGCUGCUCGCCCCGCCCUGCGCCGCUGCCCGUCCCACGCCGCGCUGCUGCUCGCCCCGCCCCUCCCUGGCGCCGUGUCCUCUGCUGCCAGCGCCGGAUUCCUCCGCCGCCACCGGUCCUCCUCCUCCGCGGCCACCGGUCCUCUUCCUCCGCUGCCUGCGUCCGUCGGAUUCCUCCAUAGGUUUGUAAUUUUUUUUUUAAUUUCCAUUAAUUAUUUGAAAAAUCCUAUUAUUUCAAAUAUUUUCUUAUGUAUCUGGUCGUGACAUAUAGAUUGAAAAAUAUUUCAGAGCUCUUGUAACUAGUUUUACCACCACUACCUUGCUACAACCUUGUAAACUCCUGAAUACUGAAUUCGCACUAAAUUUUUCUUUGGUUGAGAUAUCUUUUCUAAUUCUGAUCCUAAUAACUUGUUGGUUAUGCAAUACACGAAAUUAUAUUAAGUCUUUGAUCAACCAAUCACUAUUGUAGCUUUUAUCUCUAUGUUUCUGUCACAUCUAUUGGUAGUACUUGCUUCCUAUCAAGUUUUUUGUUGUCGAGCAAGUUCAAUAUGUUUGAGACAAAGAAAAUUACAAAAAAGAAAUAGCUAGACUUUUGCUGUUUCUUGCUUUCUUCCAUUCCUUUCUCGGAAAAUCUUGCACUCUUAUUCAUGAUUCUGAUGUGCUUUCUUGGAUAUUACUGAAAUGAUUAUCAGAUAGAGUGGUAUAAUAGAUGCCUUGACACAUUGAACAAUGUUGAGACGCUAUAUCAAGGAAAAGACACAGCCCAUAUGAUACAGAGCAAAGUUCUGCAGGUUUUGGGAGGGAAAAAUGAAAAUUUGAAGCUUGUUUCUAAGAAAGAUUUAGAGUCUGAAAACUUAAAUGGUUUUCAUGCUGAAUGUCUGACAGAUACAUGGAUUGGAAAUCAAAGGUGGGCUUUCAUCGACUUGUCUGCUGGACCAUUUUCAUGGGGACCUUCAGUAGGUGGUGAAGGAGUCCGUACAGCACAAAGCCUACCAAAUGUGGAGAAAACAAUUGGUGCAGUUGCAGAAAUAUCAGAAGAUGAAGCUGAAGAUCGCUUACAAGAGGCAAUCCAGGAGAAGUUUGCAGUGUUUGGUGAAGUAGGCAUUUUUUAAAGCUUCUUAAAGUAUUCAAUGAUAUAAUGGAAGCUCUUAUUUAGCCAAAUUGAUAGUAUAUUGAAAAAGCAACCUUAUUGCUUCUGUUCUUUGUAGUUAAGAAUUUCUUAAAAUGUAUUUUACACUAAUUUUUCUAUUAUAUAUUUGUGAACACUUGAAUAUUUUGUUAAGUUAUGACUAUUCGAAUGCUAAUUUAAAUUUCA